CACAGCUCCGUGAUAAGUGACCGAUAAAAAUUAACCCACAACCAAGUAGUGUGACCCAAAAGGACGCCUCCAAGCUGCGGGUGGCUUUGUGUCCAUAAAAAUUAGCCCAAAACUCUUUUCGAUCCGAGUGAUCUUCGAGCUAAUUACAUUGACGGUUGCAGCAAACUGAAGGCUUUUGUGGCUGGAGUUGAUUUUAAUUUUUAGUGAAGUGAACCAAAUCUUGCAUGCGUGGAACAUUAAAAUUAACUCUGGCGGUGACACACGAGUCUUGAUCGUCGGUUUGCGAUUGGUCUAGUUUUGCAACAAAAAUUGUGAGUGUGUCUUCUGUAUGUGCCGUACCGAAUCUACUUUCGGUUGAAACAUUCAUAAAUCCAACGAUCGUGUUGGAAACCUUGGUAGAGUGAAGAGAUUGUCAAGAAGAGGAAGAACUCCAGCACACGGAGUUUUCUAGAACGUGAUCGUCAUCCACUAGAACUCGGUCUCAGCAAACGAUCCCGGUGAUUCAGGUUUCCAAUACCCAACAGCGCAGUCCGUCAUCCAUUGACCAGUGCCAAUCUAGAGGAUAGCACAUAGAACAGCAUCCAUCCUACCCUUCAUCGGCUGCAAGCGGGAAAUUCCCAUCAACGCAUUGUCACCUUCCCGGAAGCGAGGGAUCAUUAGAACAGGCAUAAAAAAACAUCCAUUGUCCAUUCGACAGAACGGGGUUGAAGGAAAAAAACCGUUGAGGAAAAAAUAAAAAAUUGCAUCCGUGGUUUUCCGAACGACAGAACACCCAGAGGAACAGGUGACGAGGACGUCGACAGCAACAUAACAACGAACGAAAAACAAAAAAAAAUGAUGACAUCUUGUCCACCGUUCAACAAGCACAUCUUCAUCAAUGGCGGACCACCGAGUGAGACGACCGGAAGUGAGAUCUCGUCCGUGGAGAGCGAUUGGGGGGACUUGAGGCUGAUAGCGGCCCAGCUGGGCGUGGCCAACACGGACGAUUUGCAUGUCGAACGCUUCAAAGUGGAUCGUCAAAAGCUGGAAGACAUGAUAAAAAUUGAAACGUAUUCAGAAGGAAUGAAUAGCGCAGAGGAAUUCUUCACGACUAUCAUGAAGGAAACAAACACCUACGUAAGCUGGCCCUGUCGCCUCAAGAUCGGAGCAAAAACGAAGAAAGAUCCACAUAUCCGAAUUGUGGGCAAAAUGCCGGAUGUGAUGAAAGCCAAGGACCGGGUAAUGGCCCGUUUAGACUCUCGGGGAAGCCGCGUCAUAAUGAAAAUGGAUGUGUCCUACACGGACCACUCAUUCAUAAUUGGUCGCGGGGGCAACAACAUCAAGCGGAUCAUGGAGGAAACGACGACCCACAUCCACUUUCCCGAUUCGAACCGAUCGAAUCCAACGGAAAAGAGUAACCAGGUGUCGCUGUGCGGCAGUUUGGAGGGUGUCGAGAAGGCUCGGGCAUUGGUACGCAUUUCGACGCCGCUGCUCAUCUCGUUCGAGCUGCCCAUUCUGGCUCCCGGAAAAACGCCGCCAGACAACGAAACGGCCUACGUCAAGGAGGUGGAGAAAGAAUUCAAUGUGCAGGUCAUAUUUUCAACACGCCCAAAAUUACAUUCCUCACUUGUCCUUGUGAAAGGAUCCGAAAAGGAAGAACUCAAAGUAAAGGAAGCAACCCGUCGCCUGAUGGACCUGAUGUGUGAGAACAUUGCAAGCCAGAUUCCGGUACAGAUGCAGCUGGAAAUAUCAACCCAACAUCAUCCGAUUGUUCUGGGCCGAGCCUCAACCAAUCUACGGGAAAUCAUGAGCAGAACUGGGACACAGAUUAUGUUCCCAGAUGCAAACGAUGUCAAUAUCAAGCCAAUCAAGCGCUCUCAAGUCACAAUUACCGGCACAAUAAAUGGAGUCUACCUUGCAAGACAGCAAUUAAUAGGCAGCCUUCCAAUUGCAUUGAUAUUCGAUUAUCCGGAGAAUACGGUCGACUCGGAAGAAAUUACCAAGCUCAUGUAUGCCCAUGAUGUGUUCAUAUCGGUCCGGCAGAAGUCGCGCCAGAGCACUUUGUGUAUCGUAAUUAAAGGAAUUGAAAAGUUUAUUGCCAAUAUCUAUGAAGCUCGCUAUCACCUGCUAAAAUGCACCGGACCCCGAGUGGUGGUGGACAUUCCCCGUUCCUAUCUGGGGCCCAACGAGCAGGCCAAGAAUUCCCAAAACGUAUCCCAACUGUUGGCUGGACCAACGCCACAGCCAUAUUCGCCUCUUUCACCGAUCAAUCCGAUGCCAUUCGGAAAUAAUGCAUGGCCUUCGCCGACUCCCCCGGCGGAAUUUGCUCUCAAUCAAAUGCGGAAUCAACUUCAGAAUUUGCAGCUAGGUUGCACUAAAAUCAAUCAACCUUUGUCGCUGCCUCCAGGGUUGGUCAAUUUCAGUCCCAACGGUAAACCGAUUCUUCCAUCGUUGAAUGUUUCCCAGAAUCAUCUGCAAGUUCCUGGCAGCUCUCAUCAUCACGUUUCACUCAGUGGUCGCAGUUCAACCGGAAGCAACGGUAGCAGCGUUCCCAGUAUCGUUUGCCAAAACACAAGCCAUAGCAGCGCAGGAGGUGACCAUUCUAGUGGAUACCACAGCUUGAACAGCUCUCUGGAUCAGCAACUUCAAUCGGCUAACACUUCGAUUCCGGGAUCUUCCGGAUCGGCAUCGAACUCGAUGAUCCAAAGCUCACCGGAACACGGUGUAAAUAUGGCCCUGCUGAAUCGUUGUCGGCACAUGAGCUACAGUGACAGUCCCCAGUACCAGGCGGAUUAUGCGGACCAACGGACGCCGAUGCCCUACGAGCAGAAGAGCUCCCUGAACGAUACGUUCGUGUUCAACUUUGACCCGCGCGUUGUCGCCGGCUACAAGGCGAUGCACAUGCCCCCGCAGCAUGGCGAGUUGCGCACCCCGACGCCCUCCUGGCAGGGGCUGGGUCUCAGCCAGACAUCUCCGGCACCGCUGGAAGCAUGCGAUCUGAGCUGGGCCAACAGCAGCGCCAGCAGCAACACCAGCGGCGGAAGUUGCGGGGGAGGCGGUGGCGGCGGCGGAGGAAUCAAUGCCGGCGGAAGUGGGGCGGCCGGAAGUGACUCGCGCCUCAACAUGACUACCACGAUGAUCGAGGUUACUCCGAUGCGUCAGAGGGAACAACUGUCGCAGUACAAUGACGUCACUUCGAUUCUGACCAGCCUGGGAUUGGAGCAUUAUAUAAAAAAUUUCAUCAAUGGCGAAAUUGACAUGACCGUGUUCCAGACGCUCACCGAUCAGGACCUUUUGAAUUUGGACAUCAAACCACUCGGUGCCCGUCGGAAAAUACUGAUGGCCAUCCACGAUUUGUACACCCGCCAUCAUGGCAAUCCGUUUGCUAAUAUGUCUCCGGCUUCGUCAUCCUCGUCGAUGUCUCGCUUUUCUGGCUCGGCCGCUCCGGGAGCAGAAAGACGUACUUCCAGCGGACAGUAGUAAGAGGGCAUUGAGACAUAGUUGAAUGUUUUUGUGCGGUUUUAAAGGGAAAAAAAUGAAACUGUGAACGAUGGAAAAUCAGAAAAUAACAGCCUUCGAGGAAAUUAAAAACCCAAUAAGAAGUUGGAUUCAAAUUUAUCCUCGAAGGAAUCGGCAUGAUAUGAUAAUGAUGAAAGGUUGCAUAACGGGGUAAACGGACAAAAUUGCUCCUUCAGUGCCUUAAGUCGACUUGAAUUGGCAGCUUGUGUAUGAAGGAAGUCCAACAAAUUAAAAACAUUUUUAAUUAAAUGCAACAUCUCUUCAGCCAGCUGCACCAGAUAUAAGCCGCUCUAAUUGCCUGCAGUAGCUAUGCAGAGGCCAUUUUUUCAUCAUCCACUGCGCCACCCAUUCAAACACCACUGGCAAAGAAAUUCUGCAUCAUCUAGCAUCUGCAUCAAUAUGCAGGCUUCAUGUAACCGAGACCACCCACGAAACCCCUUGCAUUGAUGGCCAUCAGCUUCCUUGACAUAUUCACAACAUUCAAUUAGCACCCUUCAUUAGAAGAAGAAAAAACUCCCACUGACACACUCACACAAACACGAAUAAACACUUUGCAUGCGUUCCACAUAGUUCCCAUUCACCCAUCAUCAUCUUUACUUUUCUUUUAUAUCAAACCAUUCCACGAGAGCCAGGAAGCGGAACAUGACAUCGUUUGACCGCGUCUUAAUUAAUUUUCAACGGUUUUCACAAUUACAUCAGCCUGCAUUCCGACAAUUUUCUUCGCUGCAUCGACUACCCUGGUAUCAAGAAAAAAAAACCCACCAAGAUCAUUUAAAUAUAAAUUUAAUUUCUUCGGCCGGAAGUAGUGGCUCCAGAGAGCGAUAAAAAGGGCAGGAGCCAGGUUUGCAACUGCAGGUUAAGUCAUUCUUUUUCCAGGAUCCAAACAUCGCUCACUCUAUACGUCUAUCUAUAGCUAUUGUAGGAUUGCCCAGGUGGCAGAAGAAAACAAAGUUUAGCUAGAAAGAAUUUUUCCCCGCCCGUUGUCGGUAAUGUUAAAAACUUUAUUGUGUCAACGAACGACAUCGAGACAAGUAUUUAGGGACAAGAUGUACACCCACAAACUCUCUCCAUUCCCAACCCGCAUCAGCCCACUAAUUGUAAGCACUCGAGAAAUAUUUUAAAUUAUAUUGCAUGUUCAAUUAUAUUAUUCAGUAUUGGAAACGAAACAAAAACGCCUGUGUAUUAUUUAUAAAUUCAAAUCAUUAUUCGCAUGUUAGGUUUGCAUGAUUUUCAUUUCACAUCUCUUAAGUGUUCAUGUCAGAUGAGUCUAUCAAGCUUUGAAUAAACUCUGGAAAGGAGAUGAUUAACAACCAUUUAUUUCACAGAC